GCGAGGGAGGCAGAGGAGAGGAGGAAGAAGAAGAUCGAGGGGAAGGAGUUCUUCUGCGUCCGACCCAUCGAUCGUUAGCAGGGAGCCAGCCAGCCAACUGAUCUUUGCGCCACCAAGGCUGGGGUGUCGGGGCCGAAAGGAGUGGAAAAGGUUGGCGUUGUGUGACUUCUUUUUCCCUCGGCAGGAUUCCGCGAAGUUAAGGGAACGGGAGGGUGCAGCGGCGACAGGAAUCGAUCUUAGGAGAGCUGCGAGCAGCAGUGUCUUUGGGUCUGUUUGGGGCUUUAGAGGUGAAAGCGAGCGAGGAUUGAUUGAUCGCGGCGAGGAGGAGGAGAGGCAAGGAAGGCAGCGAAGACAGAAAGAAGAGGAGCAGCAGGCGGGGUGGGAUGAAUCCUUCCGGGAUGGGAUGGGCGUGAAGGAGGAGACAGUACGAGGAGGUGGAGAAGAGCGAGGAAGGAGAAAUUUGUGGGAAGGAAGAAGGUGGUCGCGGGGCACAGACGUUGUAGGGUUGAGAUUGAAUAGCGGGAGGGCCUCGCAGGGGCGGGGCGGGAGCUAGGAGGAGGAGGAGACGACGUGUUAUUGCUGUCAGAUCCGAGGGCAAGUUUCAGCCAGGUGCAAUGGAGGGGUUCUAUGGGGAGGAUGCGGUCAUAGGAGGAGGUGGACCGGCAGCGAAAUGGAGAGACAAUAUGUCUCGGAAGUUCCAGUAUUACCUGGACAAGUCGACACCCCAUCCAGUGGCCCGUUGGAUUGGUUCAUUGGUAGCCGCCGCGCUAUAUUGCCUCCGGGUCUACUAUGUUAAGGGUUUCUACAUCGUGACAUACGGCCUGGGCAUCUACAUUCUGAACUUGCUCAUAGGGUUUCUGUCUCCACAAGUUGAUCCGGAGAGCGAAGGGCCUGCUCUUCCUACAAGGGGCAGCGAUGAAUUCAAGCCUUUCAUACGUCGACUCCCCGAAUUCAAAUUCUGGUAUGCCCUGACAAAGGCGUUCGUCGUGGCGUUUUGUUUGACCUUCUUCUCGAUUUUUGAUGUCCCUGUGUUUUGGCCCAUUCUGCUUCUCUACUGGAUUGUGCUAUUUGUUCUUACAAUGAAGCGACAAAUAAAGCACAUGAUAAAGUACAAAUACAUCCCAUUCUCGCUAGGCAAAACGCGCUACUCUGGGAAAAAGCCCGCUCCGACUGACAAGGCAAGCUCUUCCAGAGACUAAGGGACUGCAAGGCAGUUGUACCUGACUCGGUCGGGGAGGAGACAGAAGCGUUGAAACCCCCAAGUAAUUCUGCUGUUGUUGAAGCGGAGUCUGUCUGAGAACGUAGAAGUAGCAGCUACUACCUUGUAGGUCUUUGUAGGGCAUGUACUCAAGCCCUGUACAUUGGCUCUCUAGCUCAGGGUUGAACCGGUACCUUAAUUGCUCAUGGAAGGGAGUAGCAUCACUGAUCUCAUAUACGUAUCCUGCUCUACGAACCGUGUAAAGGUCUGCACAUGAGCUUUACAAAGGGUUGUCAUUUAUGAGUUGCAUCCAAUGUGAUAAUGGAGAACGAAUGUUUAAGGCGUGCGGGAAGCUGUCAUAGAAUAUAAGGGUAUACAUCGGGAAAGAGCAAGAUAUUAAAUGCAAUUCGACUGCAGGAUGUGGUUUAUAUAUGAAAGGUAGGUGAAGGAUCUACUGUGAGACUUGAGCACUCGUACCAUUUCGAGAUUUCGCACGUAGUAGUGAAAUUCGCGGGGAAAAGUCUCGCGUGUGCUAUAAAAAUUUGGGUGUUGGGGGUUUCGUCCAAUAAUGGGAUUCUUUGCGGU